GCAUUCCUGUCGGUGGAGCGCGGGAGGGGAGUGACCACACACUGAUUCCAAUGGAAACCCGGAGAAGCCCAUUAAAGAGUCCAAGGCAAGCCAGCAAGAGAAAAAAUGAAAAUAUUCUCCAGUCACCUCCUCUCCAUACGAUGAGCGUUUUCAGCAGUAUCUUUGUUUUGCUUUUGAAACUGUGCUUUGGAUUUUGAACCGUCACAUUGUAUGAUCCAGAGUUUGGAGUAAUCAUGGAAAACACAUUGAACGUGUCGCACUCAGGGAGCAGUAAAGGAAAGUGUUCCGCGGAUCUGGGGAAUCCCGCACACAGACAGGCAAGAAGCGGCUCGUAUAGUCCGGGAACAGGGGCUGUCUCGGACACUCAUCCGUCUCAGACCCAAAAGAGACACUUGGAGGGGGUUUUGAACAAAUACACCAAUUUACUACAAGGCUGGCAGAACAGGUAUUUUGUGUUGGACCCUGAGCUCGGCCAGCUUCAGUAUUUCAUCAACGAGCACAGUAAGAACCAGAAGCCACGAGGGUCCCUGCCCCUCAUCGGCUCCUCAGUGGCCCCAAGCGAUGAGUUUCCCUAUAUGUUCACAGUCUGUGCUGCAAAUGGAGAUUUCUUCAAACUGCGGGCUUCUGAUGCGUGUGAGCAGCAGAUGUGGAUGACCCAGCUUCAGCUGUGCGCCCGUCGCCACUCAGACGGCAGUGCCAAGGGCUGCACCUCCUCCUCCUGCAACACAUCCUCUUCCUCCUCCACUGGCCGGACCCGCAGCUUCUCCCUGCACCCGCACCCCAUCCCACAGUGCUCCUCCAUCUCCGCCCAAAGACAGACCCCCCAGCACGGGACACCUGCCUCUGUCAUCACCAUCACCCACCACAAGUCUCCCACCGCCAGCCAACGGGCCUGCAGUCAGCAUCCUGCAGGACUGCACCAGGUCAAAGAGGUCAUGUCCCAGGCAGAAGGCCAACAGAAGAACCUGGUGAAUUCCAUCGAGUCGUUGCCGAGCCGCGGGCCGCUGUCCUCCCUGGACCAGGACCUGCUCCUGCUCAAAGCCACGUCUGCAGCCACACUCAGCUGUCUGGGAGAAUGCCUGAGUAUCCUUCAGCACAACGUGUGCCAGGCAGCCCAACACAUCACCCACAGCCACAUGCAGGGAUCAAAUACAGAUAACGUCUCUAAUUGGUCAAGGCCCAAAACUGCCUCAGAAGGCCAUGUGAAGAUUGGAGAAUUAACACGUAACAACACCUCAACUAGACAUCAGCCCCACUCUCCACUUCACAGGAACAAUGAACGGCUUAAAGACACAGAGAACUCCAGCUCAGAAUCGGUGGACUCCAGCGAGGAGAUCACAGACACAGAAGAUAAUGAGGAGGAAGACCUCGGAGUCUUGGAUGACCAGAGAAGCAUCAUCCUCCAUCUGCUGUCUCAACUCAAACUGGGCAUGGACCUCACACGGGUGGUGUUGCCCACGUUCAUCUUAGAGAAGCGCUCUCUUUUGGAGAUGUAUGCCAACUUCAUGGCCCAUCCGGAUGUGUUUUUGGCCAUCACAUCUGGAGUGACAGCAGAGGAACGUAUGAUCCGGUUUGUGGAAUACUACUUGACUGCUUUCCAUGAGGGUCGUAAAGGUGCUGUGGCCAAGAAGCCUUACAACCCCAUUCUGGGGGAGAGCUUCCAAUGCACAUGGGACGUACCGCAAGAUAAGGUGCGGCCCCUCAGGACUACCAGCUCAAGUCCAGCCCCUGCGGCUGCUCAUUCCACCCAGACCGCCUCCAAUGAGGGGUUAGGAUCUUACCAGCUACGUUUUGUGGCUGAGCAGGUGUCCCACCACCCCCCGGUCUCUGGAUUCUACUGCGAGUGCAAAGAGCAGCAGAUAUGCGUCAACACCCAUGUUUGGACUAAAAGCAAAUUCAUGGGCAUGUCCAUAGGAGUGUCAAUGGUUGGAGAAGGAGUGUUACAUCUCUUGGAGCAUGAUGAGGAGUAUGUGUUCACGCUGCCGUCUGCCUACGCUCGCUCCAUCCUCACAGUGCCCUGGGUGGAGCUGGGCGGGAAAGUUUCCAUCUGCUGCGCCAAAAGCGGAUACUCUUCCACCGUCACAUUCCACACCAAACCCUUCUACGGAGGGAAGGUUCACAGAGUCACGGCUGAGGUAAAGCACAACCCCAGUGCCACCAUCGUCUGCAAGGCUCAGGGGGAGUGGAACGGGACACUGGAGUUCACCUACAGCAGCGGAGAGACCAAAGUGAUUGACACCUCCAAACUGCCGGUCAUUAAGAAGAAGAUCCGGCCCCUGGAGAAACAGGGCCAGUAUGAAUCGAGGAGGCUGUGGCAGCAUGUGACAGCGGCACUGAAGGCCGGAGACAUAGAUGCGGCCUCUGAACACAAACACCAGUUGGAGGAGAAGCAGAGAAGAGAAGGGAAGCAGAGAACAGCCAGCAGCACCACCUGGAAACCCAAGUACUUCAUUAAAGAGGGGGACGGAUGGGUGUACCACAAUUCUCUGUGGAAGACGAAGUGAUGAAGUCAAGCUGGAGCCACAUGAUUUGGGUCCGUCUCAAACCUUCAGCCCUGCGGAUGUGAGCGAGGGGCUGGCCGACCAAUGGGACUCAAGCAGCAGGAAAAGACAUUGAUCCAUUUCUCCAACUCCUCUCACGGAGAAUGAAAGGUGCCAAAAACAAAAAAUGAACUCGGUGGUAAAAAAAAAAA